UCUCUCUCUCAAAAAAAAAAACCUCUCUUUUUCAAAUGGGUUGUGCUCAAUCUAGGGUUGAUAACGAAGAAGCAGUAGCUAGAUGCAAAGAACGACGAAACGUAAUCAAAGAAGCAGUUUCCGCAAGCAAAGCUUUCGCCGCCGGUCAUUUCGCUUACGCUAUUGCUUUGAAGAACACUGGUGCUGCUUUAAGUGACUAUGGUCAUGGUGAAUCUGAUCAAAAAGCUUUAGAUGAUGUUUUAGAUCAACAACAUUACGAGAAACAGAGUCGUAACAAUGUAGAUCCGGCUGCUCCUCAGCCACCUCCUCCGCCACCUAUUGAGAAUCUUCCUCCUCCGCCUCCUCCUUUGCCUAAAUUCUCUCCUUCUCCGAUUAAACGUGCGAUUAGUUUGCCGUCUAUGGCGGUUAGAGGUCGAAAGGUUCAGACUUUAGAUGCUAUGGCGAUUGAGGAAGAGGAAGAAGAUGAGGAAGAGGAAGAGGAAGUGAAGGGUAGUGGUAGAGGAACUGCUCUUAAGGAGGAGGAAGAACCGAGGACGCCGGAGAAUGUUGGGAAGAAUAAUGGGAGGAAGAGGUUGGAGACGACAACGCCGGAGAUUGUGAGUGCUUCUCCGGCGAAUAGUAUGGCUUGGGAUUAUUUUUUCAUGGUGGAGAAUAUGCCUGGUCCUAAUUUAGAUGAUAGAGAGAUUAGAAAUGGUUAUGAGAAUCAGAGUAAUCAUUUUCAGUUUAAUGAAGAGGAUGAUGAAGAAGAAGAAGAGGAAAGGUCUAGUUCUCGUAAGGUAGUUGAGGAAAUGGAGCCGAAGACGCCGGAGAAAGUUGAAGAAGUUGAAGAAGAAGAAGAUGAUGAAGAUGAGGAGGAGGAAGAAGAAGUGGUGGAGGUGAAGAAGAAGAAGAAAGGGAAAGCUAAGAUUGAGCAUUCGAAUACUGCUCCACCGGAGUUUCGGCGUGCGGUUGCUAAGACUACUAGUGCUGCUGCAUCAUCAAGUGUGAAUUUGAUGAAGAUUCUUGAUGAGAUUGAUGAUAGAUUCCUUAAGGCGUCCGAAUGUGCUCAAGAGGUCUCUAAGAUGCUUGAAGCUACAAGGUUACAUUAUCACUCGAAUUUCGCUGAUAACCGAGGAUAUGUUGAUCAUUCAGCUAGAGUAAUGCGGGUUAUAACUUGGAAUAAAUCGUUAAGAGGCAUAUCCAAUGGUGAAGGUGGAAAAGAUGAUCAAGAAUCAGAUGAGCAUGAAACUCAUGCUACGGUGUUGGAUAAAUUGUUGGCGUGGGAGAAGAAACUCUAUGAUGAAGUGAAGCAAGGUGAGCUUAUGAAAAUAGAGUAUCAGAAAAAGGUAUCUUUACUCAACAGGCAUAAAAAACGAGGUGCGAGUGCAGAGACCGUGGAGAAAACAAAGGCGGCUGUGAGUCAUCUACACACAAGAUAUAUCGUUGACAUGCAAUCCAUGGAUUCAACGGUUUCCGAAGUAAACCGUUUAAGGGAUGAUCAAUUGUAUCCAAGACUUGUCGCCUUAGUUGAAGGGAUGGCGAAGAUGUGGACAAACAUGUGCAUACACCACGACACCCAACUAGGUAUUGUUGGAGAGCUAAAAUCCCUUGAAAUCUCAACUUCUCUCAAAGAAACCACAAAGCAACAUCACCAUCAGACACGACAGUUCUGCACCGUCUUGGAAGAAUGGCAUGUUCAGUUCGAUAGACUCGUGACCCACCAGAAGCAGUACAUUAACGCUCUCAACAGCUGGUUAAAGCUAAACCUUAUCCCCAUUGAGAGCAGUCUUAAAGAGAAAGUUUCAUCACCUCCAAGGCCUCAGCGCCCGCCAAUCCAAGCCCUUCUCCACUCAUGGCAUGACCGACUUGAGAAACUUCCCGAUGAAGUCGCCAAAUCAGCUAUCUCCUCUUUUGCCGCAGUCAUCAAAACCAUCUUACUUCAUCAGGAGGAUGAAAUGAAACUGAAGGAGAAAUGCGAAGAAACACGAAGGGAGUUUAUACGGAAGAAGCAAGGUUUUGAGGAUUGGUAUCAGAAACAUUUGCAGAAAAGAGGACCGACAGAGGAAGCUGAAGGCGGGGACGACACAACAACGAGCUCUAAAGAUCACGUCACAGAGAGGAGAAUUGUUGUGGAGACACUGAAAAAAAGACUUGAAGAAGAAGAAGAAGCUCACCAGAGACAUUGUGUUCAGGUGAGGGAGAAAUCUCUCAACAGUUUGAAGAUCAGAUUGCCUGAGAUCUUCAGGGCACUGUCUGAUUAUGCUCACGCUUGUGCUGACUCAUACGAGAAGCUCAGAAUCAUAUCGCAGAGUCACAAAUCAAACGGUGGAGCCACUGAAUCUUCUUGAACCAGUUUUAGUUCUUUUCGACUUAUGUAAUAUGUAUUAUGAUGGGAACAUUAUGCAUAGUUUUGUGACCAGAUUAUGUAGUUUACUAGUAUUGUUACUGAGUUCCUGUGUUUAUUAUAUCCACAUAAUGUCCAAAUUUAAAACAUGCUAAAAAUUUAAUAAAAUGAAAUGUCAGAA